UGGAAGGAGAAAUAGAAAGAUGAAGAUGUUUGGUGGUUUGCUGGCUCUUUGUUUGUGCUGUCUGGCUUUAGGAAAACAGUGCAAUGUUUCAAGUUCAAACCAUAUCCCUGAUUUUGGAGCCAUCUACCAUGUCAAAGGAAUCAUCAGCCUGCCUUAUGCUGAAAUUGAGGAGCCCUUUGAGGCCUGGUACAACCUUACUGGAAACAAGAGUCGCAUUGAGUAUUAUGAUGGCCAAGUCGUGACUUUGCAGUUCGGCUGUAUGGAACCGUACGGCACCCUGUUCAAGAUGACGCCAGAGACCACUGAGAAGGAGGUGAACACGAAGAAGUGCUUUCAACUGAAUGGCACCAAAGAUGGACGUGUGAAGCCACAAAGUGUCUUUCCCGAACUGAAGCACUUCAAACCCAUAAGGGAAGAGUACUUCAAAGGAAUAUAUUGCAAUGUGUGGCAGAACAUAUCUUACUUGGGCAAGAAGAAAAACAUCUACACCAUGUGGGUCACCAACUCCAGCUGUGGGGUGUCACCCGUGCAUUACGAGAUGAAGGGCUACAACAGUUUGCUGGGAUCCCACUACGACAAGUAUGAAAUCGACUACACCGACUACUCCAACAGUUUUCCCACCUCCAUUUUUGAACUGAAACCUAACGAAACAAAGCUAUGCGGUCAAUUGCCAGGUGAGUCAAUGGAACACCGCAUCCUGGCAAACCCCAUGGCAGACUUUGUCGGCGGGGAAGAGGACCGGGCCCACCAGCUGUUCCAUCACUACCGAAAACGGUUUGGAAAGACAUACGAAAAUGAGACAGAGAUGGAACACAGGAAACAUACCUUCACCCACAACAUGAGGUUUGUCCACUCUAAGAACCGUGCUAACCUCCCCUACAAGCUGGCUCUGAACCACUUGGCAGACUUCACCCAGGACGAGGUGGCUGCGAUGAGGGGGAAGCUCAAAAGCACAACACCCAACAAUGGGCGUCCUUUCCCUUAUGAGCAGUACAUUGGCCUCAUACUGCCAGAGAGCAUUGACUGGAGGCUCUAUGGUGCCGUGACUCCAGUCAAAGAUCAGGCGGUCUGUGGCUCUUGCUGGAGCUUUGCAAGUACAGGAGCUUUGGAAGGGUCUCUCUUCCUCAAGACUGGCCAACUCAUCCCACUCUCUCAACAAGUCCUCAUUGACUGCUCUUGGGGCUUUGGGAACUAUGCCUGUGACGGCGGCGAGGAAUGGCAGGCAUACGAAUGGGUCUUGAAGCAUGGAGGCAUUGCCACCACAGAGUCCUAUGGGCCCUACAAAGGACAGAAUGGUUACUGUCACAGUAACAAAUCAGAGAUUGUGGCCAAACUUUCCCAUUAUGUCAACGUAACCUCUGGGAACAUCACUGCACUGAAAGCUGCCAUCUACAAGCAUGGCCCCGUAGCGGUCAGCAUUGAUGCCUCCCACAAGACUUUUUCUUUCUACUCCAGUGGGGUCUACUACGAGCCUAAGUGUGGAAACAAGAAAGGUGAGCUGGACCACGCAGUCCUUGCUGUUGGUUAUGGAGUCCUCCAAGGAGAGCUUUACUGGCUUAUCAAGAACUCCUGGUCUACAUACUGGGGUAACGAUGGCUACAUCCUCAUGUCCAUGAAAGAUAAUAACUGUGGAGUAGCUUCUGAUGCCACGUACCCAGUUGUGGCAUGAUCACACUAUAGCAAGGCCCCCCAAGAUGAUCCACGCCACUUCCUACUCCAAAUGGGCUUCCUCUGUCUCCUGAAUUUCUCUAGCAGAUUCAUCAAUGCACUGGAAUCUAAGGCACGGGACUAGUACAGACUUGGGCAGCCACCAAGUCUGGCCUCAUGAGAACAGACGAAGAACCCUGCUGAAUCAGACCAGUGGUCCAUCUAGUCCAGCUUCCUGACUUACACAGCGGCCAACAGUUGCCAUAGUGUGUCAACAAAGAAGACAGAGAAGCCAAAGUCUUCCCUUCACGCAGCCUCCUAGCUUUGGAGCUGGUUCCUUGUAGGUGACACCAUUUUUGGAUUAACAUCAGCUCUUCCUUUCAACAAGAAUCCCUAACCUCAUGGACUUUCUUUUCUUUUCGCAUCAAGCCUUUCAUCACUCUGGUUCCUUAAACUUCAUUGAUAGGAACUGACCCAGUUAUUCUCUGAUUACAAUCUCUUCCUAUUCCAUCAACACAAACACUUUGCAGUCUGCAAAAAAAAAAUCUCUGUAAAGGAGGGAAAGGUGCGUCCUUUUGGAAUGUGGUGGGCUUCUCCAAGACCACGAAACUAUUCUGUGGCACAGCUGAGGAACUUGCUAUUUCUUCUCCAGAUUUAUUGUCUUGCCCAUGCUGCUCCCUCCUUGCAUGCAUUAGGGGAAGACUGUUUGGAAGCUGCUACUGUGGUUGGGGUGGGUUUGAAAAAGGCUAAUGUAGAAAAAGUUGCAUGCAGAUAUAUGGUCAACUCAGACAGGGUGAAUUCAGUCAUCUUGAUUUAGAAGCAGAGGCUGUUGAUUUUUGUAUCUGGACUAAUAAAAAAAGUAUUUGACUGUG